AUGACGGAGUCCGAAGUGAAACGACAGUCAGAGCGGAUCGCGGCACAGAAGGAGAAAGAAAAGAAGGAACUAGCGGAGAAGGAAAUGCUGAAGAAGGAAAUCGAGAUUGCGGCGAAACAAGGUCUCCCCGAGGAUGGAUCUCUCAUGUUCAAAAAGUUCACGUGGUACUCCGGACCAUUCAAUAUUGACCGCCAAGAAGUCUGGCAGAGAAAAGAAGACGUCAGGGUCGGUGUAUGGGCUACCAAAGCACACUGGAGACCUGAGAAGUUCUAUCCCGGUCAGAUUCUGAGGAUCACGCACACUUACCCUCACUCCAACCUUGAUGCAAAGUACAGCCCAGAUCUCGGGCAGAUUGCCAUGACAAGCGUUGAGCCUGUGGCUUUGAAGAUGCGCUGGGCUGUUGUACUAUGGGCUAGCUCGUGGGGCAUAUUCGUUUUACCGUAA